CUCGACUUGAACCCCAGCACAUUAAUCAGCAUCAUCUCCUCCGACGGCCUGGUGGUCUCCUCCGAGUUCGUCGUCUACCGCGCCGUGUGGCGUUGGGUGAGGGCCCAAAACACCAUCCGUUUCCCCUUCCUCGGGCAGCUGAUGGCCUCCGUCCGUCUCCCGCUCUUGACUCAAGAAGAGCUGAGAGAGGUCCAGGCCGAACUGACCUGUUUUCGGGAUAUCCGCUUGCAAUGGCGGCGCCUCAAUCGGCAACAGCGGCUCCAGAAAAGCCGAGGCCUGCGACGGGGGAUGUAUGCCAGCUGGAUCGUCUGCGUCGACCUUUUCAACAUGGAGGGUCCGGAGCUAAAAACAAAAGAUUUCCAAGUGGCCUGUUACGACCCACAAACAGACACGUGGGACAAGCUGCCCCUCUUGAAAUGCCUCUACUGCGCCCGCUGCGUGGCCGUGGGCGAAAAGUUGUAUGUCACAGGAGGGGUCCACACCAACGACACCUAUUCGGAUCAUUUGCAUGAAUUCAACCCGCUGAGGGGCCGCUGGACGCAGCUCCCGUCCAUGUCCGUGCCCCGGGCGUCCCACGGCUUCCUCGCUUGCAACCAGAAACUCUUUGCCGUGGGAGGCUGGCGCAAAUACGAAGAGUACCUCGCAACGGGCGAGUGCUACGACUUAGCGACGGGGUCCUGGUCGCCCAUCGCCAAGAUGCCGUUCAGCCUCAGCCAUUUUGCCUGCGCCGUGUUGAAGAACAAGAUCUACCUCAUCGGCGGGGUCACCGACUCAGUGCGCUCGUGGUACGCCUCCCGGAAGGUCCUGAUCUACGAAAUCGGCUCGGACCUCUGGAGCCAAGUCUUCCUCGAUAACGAGUGCUACUGGUCGGGCGCCGUGGCCAUGAACAACGGGAUCUACGUGAUCGGCGGUUACUACCGGAGCCGGGUCAGGUACCACAGUGAGCGGUGGCCGGACGCCGGGAAUCCCCGUUGCACCCGGAAAUGCUUUUUCCUAGACGAAAACGGCAAGGUGGACAAGAGCGUGAGCAUCCCGAGGCUGCCGAUUGAGCUGGCCGGAGCCGGCGUGGUGCGCUGGAAGAACCGCAUCUACGUCCUGGGUGGAGAAAACACCUAUUUGUAUAAUAACCUAGACGGAGAAAUGAAAGAAGAGUAUUACAACACGGUUUACUACUGGGAACCCGGGGCCACAAAGUGGGUUCUGUGCCAGGAAAGGCUGCCGUUCACCCGCUGGGGUCUCAGUGGCUUUGGCUGCACCACCAUGAAGCUCCCCAAGAAGCCCAUCCUGGACCUUUUCCGGAAGCCCGCCGUGGCCCUGACCGCCAUCGAGGUGGCAAGUGCCUCCUGACGGUGCGAGCACGGAAACACUGCUCCUUCGCCCUCGCGAAAUGGCUUCCGUGGGGAACACCUGAGAAACCCGAAGGCCCUUAAAUUAAGAGGUAUAAAACAGAAAGACUAGCACUUACCAACCUUCUAACUUUGUGUCCGGUGGUCUCAUUUUGUAUUACAUUUCUCGUUUUGUAUUACGUUUCACACAACACAACACACUGCAAUGCAAGGAAAGAAAACAUCUUUUCCUCCCUCUUUGCAAACUAAGGAGUUUAUCACACAAAGGAGACUGAGAGGUUAUCCCAAAAACCAUCCCGAAAUAAUUACACGGUGCCAAAAACUGCAGUUAAAGCAGUCAUAAAGUAGCAAAAAUCCGCAUCUUUUUACUUUCGGAACUUCAGCAAAAAUGCAUUUUUCGAUUUCGCUAUGUUUGUAUAACUGCGCGGGUAUGAAAGCCAAAUUCACGUUAUCUUUGCGAUAA